CAUUGGAGCAGUUUGGGGCAGGAGCUCGUCAGGCAGUUUUGGGUGCUCCACAAAUCGCAAGGUUGCAGUCUCAGGCCUGGAAUGGGUGGGGGCAAUAAACGGGGACAUGCCGAAGGCCUGGGGUGACUACUGCGUUCCUUCAUUCUGUGCAGGGAGCCCUGCAAUCAUCGUUCCAGUGUGUGCCUAGCCACAGGGGCUGGAAGCAGCCGUGCUGUGGAGCUGAACAGACCCAGCCGGCCCCACCAUGGCAGUUUCAAAUUGGACCACACCCCACCCCUCCACCUUCAUCCUCCUCGGCAUCCCGGGGCUGGAGACAGCGAACGUCUGGAUCUCCAACCCCUUCUGCUCCGUCUACAUUCUGUCCCUCCUGGGGAACGGCCUCCUCCUGCCGAGCCUCCAUGAGCCCAUGUACCUUUUCCUUUCCAUGCUGGCGCUCGCCGACCUGGUCAUCUCCACCACCACCCUGCCCAAAACCCUCUGCAUUUUCUGGUUCAGCGACGGGGCAAUACACACCAAUGCUUGCCUGGCCCAGAGUUACCUCCUUCACUCACUGUCAACCAUGGAGUCCGGGUUCAUCCUGGCCAAGGCCUUUGAUCGCUACGUCGCUAUCUGUAACCCACUGCGACACUCGGCCAUCCUGACCAGUCAGGCCACAGCCAAGAUAGGGCUGAGUGUUGUGAUGAGGGGAGUCCUGUUACUGGGCCCACACACAUUCCUGCUGCAGCGGCUCCCAUACUGCAGGACCAAUGUCAUUUCUCACACCUAUUGUGAGUUCAUGGCACUGGUGAAACUGGCCUGUGUGGACACUACAGUCAUGACAGCCUAUAGUCUGGUUGUAGCAUUUUGCACCAGCGGUUUAGACCUGCUGCUGAUUGUCCUGUCCUACGUGAUGAUUCUCUGGGCCACCUUCAGACUCCCCUCCAAGGAGGCGCAGCGCAAGUCCCUCAGCACCUACAGCUCCCACAUACUUGCAAUGCUGGUGUUUUACACUCCUGCGUUCUUCUCCUUCCUCUCCCACCGCUUCGGCCACGUGGCUCCCCACAUUCACAUCCUCAUUGCCAACAUGUACCUGCUUUCCCCUCCCAUGAUGAACCCCAUCAUCUACGGUGUGAGAACCCCAGAGAUCAGGCAGAGGGGUCUCCACAUUUUGGGCAUUAAAGCAGCCUGA